AGGCUGCAGUUCAGCUCGUGACGCUUCAGAUGCUUCACUUCGCUUUCACGCGCCGCAGCUCCUCACCGGCUCGAGCUCUAAGGAGAGAUCAUGGUGAUCGCUUUGCUUUUGUUUGCUCUGCUGUCAGCAGCUUCAUCUUCAAGCCUGCUGGAACAAGACGAGUUUCACUUCAAAUCAUGGCUGGCACAGCACAACAAAGCGUACGGCCUGGAGGAGUUCUAUGAGAGACUCCAGAUAUUCACUGAGAACAAGAGGAGGAUUGACAAACACAAUGAGGGAAAUCACUCUUUCACAAUGGGCCUGAACCAGUUUUCAGACAUGACCUUUGGUGAAUUUGCCAAGUCUUUCCUCUGGUCUGAGCCACAGAACUGCUCUGCUACCAAGGGGAACUACCUCAGCAGCAACGGACCACGUCCAGAGUCCAUCGACUGGAGAAAGAAGGGAAAUUACCUGACACCUGUGAAGAAUCAGGGAGGCUGUGGUAGUUGCUGGACGUUCUCCACGACCGGCUGCUUGGAGUCUGUUAUUGCUAUCAACACUGGGAAGCUCCUUCCACUGUCAGAACAGCAGCUGGUAGACUGUGCCCAGGACUUCAACAACCAUGGCUGUAACGGUGGCCUUCCCAGUCAAGCGUUUGAAUACAUCAUGUAUAACAAUGGACUGAUGACAGAGGAGGACUACCCAUACACAGCUUAUGACGAUACUUGUAAGUAUAAACCAGAACUAGCAGCUGCCUUCGUGAAGGAUGUGGUGAACAUAACAGUGUACGAUGAGACGGAGAUGAUGGACGCAGUCGGCACACGCAACCCUGUCAGUUUUGCCUUUGAGGUGACCUCUGACUUCAUGCAUUACUCCCAGGGCGUGUACACCAGCACGGAAUGCCACAAAACCACAGACAAAGUGAACCAUGCCGUGUUAGCAGUCGGGUAUGGAGCGGAGAAUGGCUCCCCAUACUGGAUAGUAAAGAACUCAUGGGGAGCCGGCUGGGGGAUUAGCGGAUACUUCCUCAUUGAACGAGGGAAGAACAUGUGUGGACUUGCUGCCUGCUCAUCAUUCCCAGAGGUGUGAUUUCUGCAUGACAACAAACUACAAAAGGCCUGAAAAGGGAGCAGAAGCCAAACUUUUAAAAUACACAGUAUAUAUAUAUAUAUAUAUAUAUGUAUAUUUUAUAUAAUCACUGUACUGCACAACGGAGUAAGCACCAUAAUAGGAUGGAUCAUAGUCAUAUGCAGAUAAAUCAACAAAUUUUAAAUUAUCACUGAAGUGCCAAUCAUUCAAUUUAUUGUAAACUCACAAAUAAAUUCUAUUAAAUCCA